CCUAACGCAACUUGAACGACAGAUAGAGAAACCAUGACCGAAGCUGCAUCCUCGAGCCCCGAGACUCUACUCAAGCAGCGCGUGUGGGCCGGCCGCCUCCCCGUCGUGUUCUCUCUCGAUCCCAAUGAGGUCACCACUCUACACGCUCCUCGUCCGUUCUACGUGAGUCCAUGAACUCCAAAACUUCAUGCCUCCUACCUAAUCUAACUCAACCCGUCUGGUUCCAGGCCAUGGUGCCUCGUAUGAGCUACUUGGUGUCCCAGACGCGCGAUGUGGUCGAGUAUUUCCGGGACGCAGCGCCUCCCAUGUCUGCGAUACAAGGCGCAUCCAUCUGGUUCGAGGCUAAGGGCGUCCCGCUGCACUGGCAUCUGCCCUUCGGCCUGCUUAGGGACCUUUUGUGCGGCCCUGGAGUUGACAGCGACACUGAUCUACCGUGGGCAAUUACAGUGCAUUUCCUGAAUUUCCCGAAGGACAUUCUACUGCCUUGUGAUAACGAGCAGAGCGUUGAGUCGCACUUCAUGCACAGUCUCAAGCAGGCCACAUUCCUGCGCAUGGGGUCUACGAAGGCAGUGAUGGCAUUACCUGAAGCUCAGCAGACUCAGAUUUGGACCAGUAUAUCGCAAAAUGACUACGAGAGCUAUCGGCAAGCUACACAUGAGCUGCAUUUGGACGGAGGCGUGGACGCCUCGGCGUUGCGGCAUCUGCCGCUGCGAGUGCAUCUUGACAACGCACCCGCGAUUCAGAUGCCAGUCGCUCCGCUGCAAAAUGGUACGGUAGGGUUGCUAGUGAUUUAACGUUGGGAAUUCGCCUUAUUGGUUGUCGCACUGGCGUGCAGGUCGCGAGAAAACCUUGCUGGAAGUUCUAAGUUAUCUGUUGCCGGACUUGUUUUCAUCCGCAACAUUUGACGCUGCACCUGAAACAGACGCACAGGACUUCCAGAUUUUAGUGCACGGCAUUCCCGUCCCUGCCGACGUGUCUAUCGUCGAGCUGUACAGGAACUUCGCUUACGCCGACGGCUUCCUCUACGUAGCCCUGUCGUCCAAGUCCUCCUAGAGCGUAAUGUUGCCGAUUGAUUUCGAGAAAGUUGAGUGUCGACAUAUUUGUUUUUGCAGUUUUCAAUAUUCUAUUGCCCAGUUUUAUUAAAGAAUCCACAGUCUGGAUAAUCUCCCAUUCUCAGAA